AUGAGCGUGUCGACGCCUCUCCUCGACAACACCAUCGAACCAGACGACGCUCCCACCGGAAACAUCUCAUCACCACAACAAAAGUCAUCCCGCCCUCCUGUUGUCCUUACUCCCACAAAUGGAAAUCCCGCUCUCGCCGCCAACGACAAUGACGCUGAAUCUGGCAUAGCAGGCAUAUUCCGCCAAUCAGCACACCCCCUCGCCCUCUUCUUCCUCUUCCUCUUUCGAAUAGCUGCCAUCACCGUAUACAUCCUCUGUGGCUUCUUCACAGACAACUACGUCCUAUCCUCGUCGUCCUCCUCGCAAUGGACUUUUGGAACUUGCCGCAACGUGUCAGGCCGCACACUCGUCGGUUUACGUUUCUGGAACCAAGUUGACGACGACGGCGAGAGCUUUUGGGUCUUUGAGAGUCGUGAUCCGUCCCACCCUCCCAACCCCAUAGACUCCAAGAUGUUCUGGAUAGCACUAUACGUCUUUCCUUGUCUCUGGGCUGCCCUAUUCAUCGUAUCCCUUCUCAAGCUCAGUAUAUCAUUCAUUCCCAUCGUCAUCCUCGCUCUCGUCUUCAACAUCACCAACGCCAUCGGCUUCACCUAUGCAGACCGCGACGCCAAACAGCGUUGGGCCAACAAUCUUUCUUCUUCAUGGGGCAUGGGCGGAAUCACCGGCUCCCUCCUCUCAGGCGCCGUCAAGCAGUCUGUCGGCAGAAUAUUCAAGUAG